CGAGGUUCGUCAGAUCAACCUUCGGGGUAACGCAUGCCUCUGGGACCAGUUAAGCUUAUGAGACAUUGGAUCAACAGUAGCCGGCAAACCGACUCGGUCUUUCCCCCAACACGCAACAUAAAACAUCUGAAUCAUGUCAUCACCUGACAGCGAACAACAGCGAAAAGAUGUCGAAAAGUUCCACAAAUUCUCGGGCGAAGAACGCGUCCACGAAAUGAUGAGCCACUUUGCCGAGCAUUGCAAGAAACCAGACGCUACGGAAUGGUCCAGGCACCUCUUCCCCUACCUGGCCGUGCACUCGGUCUCGUCCCCGGAUGCACCGCACCCCUCGGUAACCUUCAGCUUUCAAGUGCAGCCGCAGCAUUGCAACGCCAUGAACAAUCUCCACGGCGGCUGCACAGCAACCCUCUUCGACUUCUGCACCUCGACCUGCGUGGCCCUCGUCUCUCGCCCAGGCUUCUGGCAGUACCUGGGCGUGAGCCGGACCCUCUCCACAUCCUACCUGCGCCCGGCGCCCGCAGGGAUACGGGUCUUCAUCGAGUGCGACGUCGCGCAGAUCGGGAAGCGGCUCGCGCUCAUCCGGGGCACGAUGCGCCGGGCCGACGGCGAGGGGGCGGCUGCGGUGCUGGCUACGUGCGAGCAUCACAAGGUCAACACGGACCCCGAGGUUGGGGCCAAGAUUUAGAUGGCCUUUGUCAGGUUUAGUUUUGGUUGGGAAUUGGUUGGAGCGUGGAGCUGGUUAAAGAGAGCAAGCGUAUGUGAUGUGGGGCUUUUAUGAUAUUUGGUCGGUUGGAACUGUUUUACAUCUUCCAGGGUUCAUAAAUAUCAUGUCUUCCUCCCGGACAGCAGAAA